CAGAAUUCAGAAAAGAGAAAACGUUUAGGAGUCAAGUUUAGGCAUUUGAAGUUUUGACAAACGCGCGUGUGUUGUGUUGUUCUUGGUUGCGAUGAUACCACAUAUUUCUGUUAUUUCGGGUUAAUAUUAAAAUACAUGAUAAGUGUUAUCACAACGUUUAUUUAUUAAAAUAAAUGUUUUAACAAAAGUCGUAACAUUGGAUAUCACGUUAACCUCAGUGUUACGAUCCAAGUGUAUCCGAUGAAAGUUUUAAAAAGUUGGACAAGUUUUCAAGUGCCUGUAAUGAUGAGCAAAGUUUAUUUGUGAAAGUUUUUAAAUGCCGAUUACAUUUCACAGAUAGCAUGACGUAGAGCUAAGAGCUACAUCACUGGCUGUCGAACGUCUAUCAAUCGAUCUCGUUAUUCAUGGUUCUUGAUGCGGUGACAAGAAAGAUGGACGCGGCGGACAAGCGGAUGUUGGAUCGCGAGGCGCUCCGCAACAUGAUCCAGCAAUGGAACGCCAACCGCCUCGACCUCUUCGAACUCAGCGAGCCCAACGAGAACUUGGAGUUCCAUGGCGUUAUGCGAUUCUACUUUCAAGAUUCAGGCCAGAAGAUUGCCACAAAGUGCAUCCGCGUCGCAUCCGAUGCUACAGUCAUCGAUGUCAUUGGGACGCUGAUAGAAAAGUUCCGUCCGGACAUGCGCAUGCUGUCUCUGGGCUCUUACACGCUGUGGGAAACGCACGCGCCGGGCGACGAGCGGCAGCUGGAGCCCCACGAGAAGCCUCUGCUGGUGCAGCUCAACUGGCACGCCGACGACCGCGAGGGUCGCUUCCUGCUCAAGUGCUGCUCCCAGCCGGACAUGCCACUAUCCUCUAUAAACGAGAAGGGAGACCAAAACUUCAAGCGGAAACUGUCGAAACGGGAGAAAAAGGAGUUAAAGAAAAAAGAGAAACUGUCCAGGUUGAAGUCGGACACGAAUGACGAAAAUCGUCCGGUGGCCGAGAAGUUAUACUCAGAACUGCCCGAGACGUCGUUCACUCGCAGCAUCAGCAACCCCGAGGCGGUCAUGAGGCGUCGGAGGCAGCAGAAGCUCGAGAGGAAGCUGCAGCAGUUCCGCUCCAAGGACGGCGGACCCGACACCGGUGGCACGCUGAAGAUCUACGGGUCGUCCCUGUGCCCGGACGUGCCGUACAAGACGCUGCUGCUGUCCGUCGGGGACUCCGCGGCCGCCGUGCUCCGAGAGAUGCUCGACAAGUACGGCCUGUCGCGGCACGAGCCCGCGCACUACUGCCUCGUGCAGGUGGACACGACUGACAAUUCGGAGUACAUCCUGGAGGACGACGAGUGUCCUCUGGCCAUCGUCAUGACGCAUCCCCAUCGCAGCUCCAUAAUGUUCCACGUCCGGCGUCGACCGUCGGAGGGUCAACCGCGGCGGCGCAAGAAGAAGCCGAGCGGCGGCGCGGGCGCACGUCCCGGAACAGACCCCAUGCUCAUUGAGGUCACGCCGGACGGCACCGCCCUCGAGAAUGGACGCCGGCUGCGAGUCGCCGAUGUCGUCGAGGUGGGAUCGGUGAACGGCACGGCGCUGCAGUUGUACGGGCCUUCCAUUCAGCCGCGGCACUGCGUGCUGGCUCCGGCCGACGGCGGACACUCCGUCACUCCGCUGCACGCCGACGCACAGGUCUACGUCAACGGACGGCGGGUCACGCACACUACUAGACUACAGCACGGCUGCCUACUCAAAUUCGGCCGAGUGUCGACCUUCCGUUUCGUCGAUCCGGCGCAAGAAAACCUCAUCAACCGCAACCUUUCCCAGUCGCAACAUUACGGCUCGGGCUCCAUCUACGACAGGUCGACCGCGGACAGCGGAGCCAUGUCUCCCUCGUCGCUGGCCUCGCACCCCCGGGACCUCGACGACGACGACGAGGACCACCCCGACGACGCGCCGUACGACGACGAAGACAACGACAAUAACAACACGCUCAAGCCGGAGCGGUCGCCCCGCUCGACCGAUUCCAAGCACGAGUACGUCCGCGACGAGCGCGAGCACUCGAGUCGCACCUCGCACCGCCUCAGCUACAAGGACAACUACGAGACCACUUUCGACCUGGACGGCAACGUCGAGACCAAGAGCAUCUGUAGCGCCAAGAGCGGGGGCUCCGGACACGAAAAUAGAAGCGGCGGCGGCGCGUGGCGUGCGGGACAGGAGGCGAUCCUCCCGGCCGUCCUGGAGUUUCCCGAGGCGGGGCAGGCCCAGUUCCUGUCCGCCGUCAUAGCGAGGCUCGACCCCCACGCCCCGGCCUUCAAGCUGGCCCCGGUCUACACGCUCUACCUGUGUGCCAGAUACCGCGCGUCCACCCACUACCGGCCGGAGCUGACGCCGACGGAACGAGCGCACAAGCUCACCGCCUUCUUGCACCACGUCGCCACCCUCAUCCACGCCACCGUUCAGGAGCGGCGCGCGGACUCCGCGGCGCAGGCCUUCUGGAUGGCGAACGCCAGCGAGCUGCUGCACUUCCUCAAGUGCGACCGGCACAUCUGCUCCUUCUCCACGCAGGCGCAGGAGUCGCUCCCCAUCACGGUGCAGAACGCGUUCAGCAACCUGGUGUCGUGCUUCGCCGAGGAACUUCGCGGCGCGGUGUGGGCGCUGGCCCGCGGCGGAGGAGACGACACGGAGGCCACGGCGCCCGUGCUGCAGGCGCUGGCCGCCGCCAUGGUGCUGCUGCGGCGCUGCCGGGUGAACGCCGCGCUCACCAUUCAGCUGUUCUCGCACCUCUUCCACUUCAUCAACGCCAUCGCCUUCAACAAGCUGGUCUCGGAGCCGAAGGACAUCACGCCUCGAUGGGGCGCCUCCUUGUCCGCCCGCCUGGCGCUGCUCGCGGCCUGGGCCGAGAGACAGGGGCUGGAGCUGGCGGCCGACUGCCACUUGGCGAGGACUCAUCGAGCGGCACGUCUGAUCCAGGGCGAGUACCGGACGGCGGAGGAAGUGAGAGCCGCGCUGGCGGCCUGCUUCAAGCUCAACUCGGUGCAAGUGCGGGCUCUGCUCUCGCCGCUGCUUCCUCCCGAUCUCGUGGAGGCCGCCGUGGCGCACGCCCGGGCCCUCGCGGACGAGCUGUACCGGGCCGACGGAAGAGAGAUCGAGCUGGAGGAGAGCGAGUGGCUAGGCACGGCGCUGCUGAUCCCCGGCGACGGCUUCAGCGCGGAGGUGGUGCGCGGCGUGCCGCCCGGCCUGGCCGAGUUCGUGGCGCCGCUGCAGAGGGGCGGGCUGUGUCGUCUGGCGCCGCAGCCGCACGCCGUCGGGCUCUGGACCGUCUACAUGCACGCGCACGCCGCGCCGCCUCGGCGACCGCCCGACCCCACGCCGCAGCUCAUCCAGCUUCACAAGAACUCCAACGGCAUGGGGCUCAGCAUCGUCGCCGCCAAGGGCGCCGGACAGAGCAAGCUGGGCAUCUACGUCAAGUCCGUGGUGGCGGGAGGGGCCGCGGCGGCCGACGGACGCCUGGCGGCCGGAGACCAGCUGCUGUCCGUGGACGGUCACUCGCUCGUCGGCAUCUCGCAGGAAAACGCGGCCGAGUACUUAGUGAGGACGGGCCCCAUAGUGACCCUGGAGGUGGCCAAGCAGGGCGCCGUGCUGCACGGCCUCGCGACUCUUCUGCACCAGCCGGCCUACGCGCAGCAACGUCCGGGUGGUGCCGGUGGCGGUGUUGCGGGGGGUCGGCGCGCGUCGGAGCGCGACCUGCCCUCGCGCCUGGCGGCCGAGCCCGUCAAACCCAGCAAGAGCACGCCGGCGCUGCAUCAGCCUCCCGGCCCGCCGCCGCCGCUGAGUCCGCCGACUCCGCUGAGUCCCGGCGUCCGGGCGACGGCGAGCAAGUCCCGUAGCAGCCACAACCUGUCCUCGCCGCCCGUCGACUCCUUCUACCAAAACCUCGCCUCCGUCCACGACAGACGAGACAGUAGGUGGUCUUCCCUUCGCUCGUCCGGCGGAGGCCGGCCCCAGUCGGCUCACUUCGACGAGCAUCACGCGGAUCUCGACCGACAUCAGGUGAACCAGGAGAACGCGCGAGCGGCGAAGUUGGCAGAAAUGUCCGAAGAGGUGACGAGACGACAGCAACUUCAAUAUCAGCACAUGCAGCAACACUUGCAACAACAGCAGCAGCAUUCUCAACAACAGAUGUUCCACAAGCCGGCGACGCCGCAGAUGUACGCGCCCGCGGCGUACGACGCCUCUUCGCAGCCGACGAGCCAGCCCGGCCCUCAACCCGCGUCGCACAACGUCCCGAGCCCCGGCCCGCAGAGUCGGCAGGGCUCGAUGCACGGCUUGCACAACAUUCAGGGCUCGCAAGCCCUCAAUUCCCAAAACCAGCAGCCCACCCCGCAGCUUUACACUCCGUACGGGCAGCCGCAGCGGUACGAGUGGGUCCAGGCGGGGCCGCCGUCGCCCCAGCGGGCGCAGCCCCCGGUGGCGCCGAAGCCGCCGGGACCCCGGAGGCCGGAGCUCGACCCCGGCGAGCUCGGCCGGCUCUCGCCCGGCCCUCCCGCCCGCGUCCGUCCCGACGAAGGCGAACUCGACGCCGGCCGCGAGACCGUCGGUCAUAUUAAUCGUGCGGCGGUCACGGAGCAGUACGCGGCGAGCGCUCAGGAGUCGGCGUCGGCUUACGCGACGCACAACCCGUGGCAGCGGGAGGAGCGCGAGCGCCAGGCCGAGGCCAGACGGGCGGCCGCCCGCGCCCGCAGGGACCACACCGUCGCGCAGCUGCUGGCGCUGGGCGCGGCGCGAACCGCGGCGCAGAGCCAGCAGCUGCGAGCUCUGCAGCUCGAGAGGGACUUCGAGCGCCGCGCGACGCAACACCAGACGGACGAAGGCGGAAACGGCGAAGGCAGCCCCGAAGACGAAUCGCCACCCUCGGAGCCCCCGGCCGAGCGGGAUUCGAGGCUCCACGGCCAGCACCCGCAGCCUCCCGCGCCCAAGUCCAUUCUGAAGAGCAACACGAGAGCGGAGACGGUCAACGGCUUCCAAACGCACGCGAGCCCGAGCGAAGACAGCCGGAUGAGCGAGCUGUCCGUGAACGUGUCCGGCAUGUCGGUGUCCGCGGCGAGCGCGGCGUCCGUCGAGCCCGUCGCGCCCGUCGCCCCGACGCCCCCCGAGCGCGGCUCGUCCUUCGCCGUGAUGGCCACCAGGCGCCCGCUGUCGCCGCAGUCCCCGGCGGGCCCCGGUCGGGACAAGCGCGUGUCCUUCCACGAGCGAGCUUCGGAGCCGCCUCCGGCCCCGCCCGCCUCGUCGCCUCCCCCCUUGGACGUCCCCGCCGCACCCAGAGAGGACCCCGACCGGUUCCUGGAGGAGGCCGAGAGCAUGCUGGACGAGGUCGGAGGCGGAGCGGAGCACGCCUCGCCGUCGGCCGCGCACACGCCGGGCGUCAUCGGCGCCCAGGAGGUGUACAGAGACCCUCGGACGCGUCGCCUGGCGGAGCAGCGAGCGAGGGCGGCGCCGGCGCCGGUUCCGGAGCAUCUGUCCUUCAAGGAGAAGAUGAAGAUGUUCGCUCUCGAGUCCGGCGAGGCCUCCACGCCCAAGGACAAGGUGGGUGCUGCCGCCGCCCGAGCCGAAGCCCCGCGUCGGGCGCAGCGAUAACCGCCUCCCGUGUCCGCAGGUGAAGAUCUCUCGGGCCCAGCGAGACAUCGACGCGGUGCACUAGCGACCGCGGCCGCGCGGCGACGAGGGACGCCCUCGCGAUUCCGGGCCGGCGAGUUCGGCCUCCGUCGCGCGGAGACGCUAAUUUAUAAAAGAAUGGCACGUUAUGAAAUUCUCAAAGGUUUAUUUUCCAAAUUAGUUGUGCCAUCGUCCUGUUAAUAAAUUGUUAUCGUUCGACGAGAGUUUCGUCACGAGGACCGAGACGCGGUGCCUCAUCUCUCGCUACGUCGCUUCGUCACAUUCCAAAGAAUGAAGUUCCGAUGAGUAGAGACAGAGUUCGGCGUUUCCCGAAAGCGAUAAAGCUGUGUACGAGCAGCCCUCGUACGUGAGCAGAGAUAGCCGUAGCGUAACGCGGAGCACGUUUUGUGCCAAAAGUCCUUCUCUCGGAUCCGGACGGCCGCUCACCGAUAUAAAGCUCCUUCUUUGUACGACGUGCGGCUGCGUCUGCGUCGAUUUCUCGACAGAUGGACGUUUCAAUUCAAUUGUUGAAAUUUUUUAUGUUAUGCCACGUCGUCGAGCUUUAGAUUUAAUUAUGUGUACGUUAAAGCGUCCCCGUCCGAAUCCAAAAGGCAUAAAUUAGGUCGAAAUCGAUGUAUAUAAUAUUUCCCUUACGAGUCUACGACCAAUAUUUUGUAAAUGUUCAAGGCGAGUCUAUAAUAUUUAUAUUAUAUAGAGUUUAGAGGCCUCGGCAAAUGUAUUUAGCGUAAAGGGCUUCCCGCGCCCAGUUUUUCACCCAACGAUAGUCAAUUAGAAAUGUUGUAAGGUUAAUUUGGACGUUCUGUUCUGACACGUCGUGUGCUGACUCGGUUCGGACUGUUCUUUAAGAAUUAGAAAUUAAACAACACAAACUAAUUAUAUUGUUAUCGAUAAUGCGUAUUGCGUAUAGACGUUUACUUAAAUUUUAAUAAAUUACCGAUACGAA